AUGUGGCGAUUACUGCUGACGACAUUGCUGCUAGCGACCGCGCGGUCUAAGCAGCUACCUUCAUCCACAGAAAUAGCAACGACAACGGUGGGAACAGCCACGGAGGCUGACACCACAGCCUGGCCCAGUUCCGUUGCUCCGCUCGACACCCUCACCGUGGCGUGCGAGAAGGAUAGCAUGCAUGUCACCGUCUCACUCGCCACACAUGGGGAAAAUAGUGUAUACGACACGUUCAACGGCAUCGUCUACCCAGCGGGCCUGGGCAGCAACUCCUCGUGUCUACGGGAGUAUGUGUCGGAACGAGGCGACCUGCAGUACACGCUGCCGCUCAGAGGGUGUAAUACUAUGUCUAAUGAUAAUGAGGAUGGUACAGUGGAAUACUUCAACAACAUCAUUGUCCAGCCCCAUCUCCGCCUGGUGACCGGCCAGGGUCGAGGGUACCACGUCGCCUGCCGGUACAGGCGCCGAGACCUCACACACUUCCAUCUCUACAGACCAAGAGCUGAUCGGUUGACUAAUUCUCUAGCUGAUGAUUUUAGUACUGAUCAUAGCAAUGAAUUCGAUGAGGACUCCGGUCUACUGCCCUCGGUAUCCAUGAAGAUCUAUAAGGGAGACCCCGAAGAUGAACAAGUGGCGUCAAACGUUCGUAUUGGAGAUAUCCUGAGCCUGGUGGUGUCGCUGGAGAAGCAGCGUCAGUUCGGUCUGCUGGUCUCCGAGUGCUCCGUGAGGGAUGGACUGGGUUGGGCCGAGCAGAGUCUCAUUGCAGAUGAUGGGUGUCCCCUAGACGGUGAGAUAAUGGGCCAGUUUCAGUACUCAACCGAUCGACAGACGGCCAAGGUCUCGUUCCCUGCUCACAAGUUCCCCUACACCGCCAGCGUGUACUACACCUGUGAAGUCAAACUGUGUGACCUCAAACAUCCUACGGAUUGCGAGCCGUGCGCCCACAAGCGCCGCGUGCGCCGUGACGAUGAAGGGUCACCAGCCACUGUGGAGCUGUUCAAGGGCCUGUAUGUAAACGAAGCCGACUCCCCGGAUAAUGACGAAGUUACUAGUGAGAAGAAGGAAGACGAAAUCUGCAUUUCUCAGCGUAACUUCGCCAUCGGAAUUUGCAUAGCGGGCGUCAUUCUAAUGAUUUGUGUGAUAGCCGCGAUUGCUUUCAUUCUGGCAAGGAGGCGAAACCCGAAGACGUACUCUAGGACAGGCAGUUCGUUAUACAGUGGUCCCUACACGAACACUGGAUACUCACAUACCAGUUAA